UCGUAGUUUUUUCUUCUGUUAACGAUAAUCACGUCCUGUACGGUAUUCAGUUGUUGCGGGGUUCAGACCACAAAUACUUAGGCUAUUCCCGGGAGCUCACGGCAACGGUGGAAUUUACCCCAGGCACGUCGCUGGUGCACGAGGCUCUGCAGUCAUCGACACACGGUCCCAGGAUUUCUCUCACCGCUCUCCUGUCCUCUCUCCCCAUCUUCUUUUCAGUUUUCUUCGCAGUGAGGGAUGAAACGCUCUGUCAGCUGACAUUUUUACUGCAGCAGCUGCGUGAACAGACCAAUGGAGCAAUGACGUGUGUCGGCAGAACAGUGUGACUGUACGAAGAGAACCGGGAGGUGACUGGCUGACCCAGGGAGGAGAGAGACAUAUUCUGAGACAAACACACACAAAAAACUGAGCAGGGCUGUGUGAGUGUGUGUUAAACUCUCAGACGGAGUCCUGAUCUAAACCGAACGCCGACACUCCCACAUGUCUCCCCCGUCUCCCCCCACCCCUAUCCCCUCUCUGCCCUCCUAUCUACUGUGUGUCCUCUCCAUGUUCCUGUUCCUGUCCAGACUGAGGGGCAUCCUCCCCCCUCUCCUCUCCCUUGUCCUGUCCCUCCCCCCUGCUGCUAGCCAGUCAGUCAUCACCACGUCCCAGGGCAGACUGAGGGGUCAGUUGACCCCCCUGCCUUCUGACCUGCUGGGCCCUGUGGUCCAGUACUUGGGGGUCCCCUACGCCCGCCCCCCCACCGGGGAGAGACGCUUCCAGCCCCCCGAGCCCCCACUGUCCUGGCCAGGGGUGAGGAACGCCACCCAGUUCUCCCCCGUCUGUCCCCAGCCUGUAGAGGAACACAGCCUGUUGACAGAGAUGUUACCUCUCUGGUACUCUGCCAAUCUGGACAUAGCCAGCACAUACCUGUCACAGCAGAGUGAAGACUGUCUCUACCUCAAUAUAUACGUCCCUACUGAGGAAGACAUCCAUGAUGAGGGCGGUCUGCGGCCAGUGAUGGUGUAUGUCCACGGAGGUUCUUAUUCUGAAGGGAGCGGCAACAUGAUGGACGGCAGUGUCCUCGCUAGCUAUGGAAACGUCAUUGUCAUCACAAUCAACUACAGGCUGGGAGUACUGGGUUUCCUCAGUACGGGUGACCAGGCAGCUAAAGGCAACUAUGGUCUGUUGGACCAGAUCCAGGCUCUGCGCUGGGUGAAGGAGAACAUUGCUGCAUUCAGCGGAGACCCAGACAGAGUCACUGUGUUUGGCUCCGGGGCUGGAGCCUCCUGUGUCAGCCUACUAACUCUGUCCCACUACUCUGAGGCAUGCUGUGUAUCAGAUCUGUUCCAGAAGGCGAUCAUCCAGAGUGGGACAGCCCUGUCCAGCUGGGCGGUCAACUACCAGCCAGGGAAGUAUGCAAGGCUGCUGGGGGACAAGGUGGGCUGCAGCCUGGAGGACUCAUCAGAGCUCAUCGUCUGUCUGCAGGGGAAGACCUACCAGGAGCUGGUGGAACAGAAUAUCACUCCAGCUAAAUACCACACCGCCUUCGGACCUGUCAUCGACGGUGAUGUCAUCCCUGAUGACCCCCAGAUACUAAUGGAGCAGGGAGAGUUCCUCAACUAUGACAUCAUGCUGGGUGUGAACCAGGGGGAGGGGCUUCAGUUUGUUGACGGGAUGGUGGACAGUGAGGAUGGUGUCUCCAGCGACGAUUUUGACUUUGCCGUGUCGGACUUCGUGGACAGUCUCUACGGCUACCCAGAGGGGAAGGACACGCUGAGAGAGAGCAUCAAGUUCAUGUACACAGACUGGGCCGACCGGGAGAACCCUGAAACGCGGCGGAAGACGCUAGUCGCGUUGUUCACUGAUCACCAGUGGGUGGCGCCGGCGGUGGCCACAGCAGACCUCCAUGCCCAGUACGGAUCGCCAACAUAUUUCUACUCCUUCUACCACCACUGUCAGAGUGACGCGUCGCCCGCCUGGGCUGACUCCGCUCAUGGAGAUGAGGUGCCGUAUGUGUUCGGUCUGCCGCUGAUCGGCCCCACGGACCUCUUCAACUGUAACUUUUCUAAGAACGAUGUGAUGCUCAGCGCCGUGGUCAUGACAUACUGGACCAACUUCGCCAAGACAGGAGAUCCUAACCAGCCGGUGCCCCAGGACACCAAGUUCAUCCACACCAAACCCAACCGUUUUGAGGAGGUGGCCUGGGCCAAGUACACCCCCAAGGAACAGCUGUACCUGCACAUCGGCCUGAAGCCACGCGUCAGAGACCACUACAGAGCCGCCAAGACAGCUUUCUGGCUACAGCUGGUGCCCCACCUCCACAACAUCAACGAGUUGCUGCAGUAUGUGUCCUCUGCAACCCACAGCCCUCCCCAGGACACCACCCCCCACUCCUACACCAAGCGGCUGUCUAAAGGCCUGGGCUUGGGUAGCACGCGACACCCCAACCCCAACCCCCCUGCCACGCCCCAGGCUCCAGCACUGCAGGGGGAGGAGCUGCAGGUCCCCCACCCCGUCAUGGAGGACUACUCCACUGAGCUGAGUGUUACCAUCGCAGUGGGAGCCUCACUCCUUUUCCUCAACAUCCUGGCCUUUGCCGCUCUGCUCUACAAGAAGGACAAACGCAAGAUGGAACACCGGAGGCUGCCACGCCCACCUCCACGCCAUGACAUCAUGAACGCUGACAUCACACACCAACUGCAGGGGGAGGGACUUCUGAAGCAGCUGGAGGCUGAGGCUCUGCACCAACACAACACGCUGGAGAUACAUGACACACACAACAUACACCACACACUGGAGGCUCUGGACACGCUGGACACACAGGACAUCUACAACACUCUGGACACCCUGCGACUGACCUGUCCACCUGACUACACCCUGACCCUGAGACGCUCCCCUGACGACGUGCCCCUGAUGACCCCCAGGUCCCUGCCCAUGACCCCUGGUUCUCACCCUGCCACCCCCAUGACCCCUGGAUCUGUUGUGGGGGUGCAGCCCAUGCAGGGCUAUAGUCCUUACAGUAACACUCACCUGCCCCAUACACACACGCACACACACCCCAACACACACACACAUUCUACCACACGUGUAUAACCACAGACAGAGAUGGGGCAGAACGAUGCAGGAUAGUUUCUCCAGCACCUAAGAUGGCGGAACGAUCCAGUCUGCAGUGUUGCAUGAAUAGAACAAUGAGGGAGCGGAAGUGAUGAACUCUGGGAGAUUAAGUAAUGUGCAUCAGUAAAAAGAACAUUAUAAAUGAGAACAUCCAAUAUGGCUGCCAAUUUGGUCCAUACAUCAUGGAAACAUUGCUUCUAUAAGCUGCGUCCGAAAUGGCUGAAGUUGCCAUGUGACUUGCCCUGGAGCGGGGCUGCUGUGAUGUCCAGAUCAGACUACUGACUGAACCCUCUGGGAACAACUUGAAGAACCUGUGAAAUGUGAAUGUAGAAUAUUUCAAUUGCAAUGAAAUCCUUCAGAGGAUCAAUGUUCCCUGUAGCUCUGUGCUCAGCCAGGCCAGGGAUGUAGUCUGAAGGACAGACAGACACACAGACAGACAGAGAACAACAGAUGGACAGAGACAGACUGUAUUCAUAGCACCUGGGACAAAUUCCUCUGAAUGGUUCAACAAUAACAAGUUCAACAGUCCGAAGAUCUACCAACCAGCAGUCUGUUCAAAUAUGUAAAUAACUUGUAAACAUAAUGGAGAAAAGAUGGUAAGAUUUAAAACUUUUACUGUUUUAUUGCAUUCAAAUAUGUUAUUUAACGACCGUAGGUUUUAAUUUGAGUUGAUUAUAAAUGUAUAGGUCCCCAGAACAAGAUGUAACUUGACGCUUGACUAACCCUGACCACAUCUAACAAGAUGUAAACCCUGACCCUAACACUAACCCUGACCACAUCUAUGCCCAACCUCUUCCCUGAUCUGAAACUUGUACUGGGACAUGGAACUGGGUCUAUUUUUGGCCCCAUCUCUCAGCCAUGGACCCUUACUUUUGUCCUUACCCCUGACCUGUAACCUUUGACCCUGACCUCUAACCCUAUCCUCAUCCUAACUUUGACCUACAUCCUAACUUGGACCCUCAACCUGUCUAUGAACUCUUAUUUCAGUCCUUACACUUAUUGACCCCUUACCUCUAACCCUGUCUUCUAACCCUGAUCCUGACCCUACCUACUUCCACCAUGUCUCCCAGAGACAAAACUGAUCAGAUGACCUGAGACCCAAAUUCAAUCAUACUGAAGUCUAAAACGUUGCGAUUAAAAUCCGUCCCGACACAAAUCCUGCAUUUGUGAGCUUUUUGAACCAUAAAAUAAAACGAAUAUGAAAUCAUAUACUGAAAGCUGAAAUAGUGGAUCUGAAACAAUGAAUCUUAUUUUAAAUAUUACCAUAGGCUAGAUUAAAAGAUUCUUUUUUUUCAAAAUAUUUUCAGUUUCUGCCUUAACAGAUGGAAGGAGUCUUUGCUGUAUGUACUGUAUGAACUUUCUGCUCCAUUUUGUUAAAUAAAGUAUCAGUAUUUUACCAUUUAUAUGUUUCUCAUAUACAGUGCCUUCGGAAAGUAUUCAGACCCCUUGACUUUUUCCACAUUUUGGUACAUUACAGCCUUAUUCUAAAAUUGAUUAAAUCGUUUCCCCCCCUCAUCAAUCUACACACAAAACCCAAUAAUGACAAAAACAGGUUUAGAAAUUUUUGCAAAUUUCUUAGAAAAAAAAAAUGGAAAUAUCACAUUUAUAUAAGUAUUCAGACCCUUUACUCAGUACUUUGUUAAACACCCUUUGUUAGCGAUUACAGCAUCGAGUCUUCUUGUGUAUGACGCUACAAGCUUGGCACAUCUGUAUUUGGGGUUUCUCCCAUUUCUCUACAGAUCCUCUCAAGCUCUGUCAGGUUGAAUAAGGAGCGUUUCUGCACAGCUAUUUUCAGGUCUCUCCAGAGAUGUUAUAUCAGAUUCAAGUCCGGCUCUGGCUGGGCCACUCAAGGACAUUCAGACACUUAUCCCGAAGUCACUCCUGCAUUGUCUUGGCUGUGUGCUUAGGGUCAUUGUCCUGUUGGAAGGUGAACGUUCACCCCAGUCUGAGGUCCUGAGUGCUCUGGUGCAGGUUCUCAUCAAGGAUCUCUGUACUUUGCGCCGUUCGUCUUGGCCUCAUUCCUGACUAGUCUCCCAGUCCCUGCCACUGAAAAACAUCCCCACAGCAUGGUGCUGCCACCACCAUGCCUCACCGUUGGGAUGCUGCCAGGUUUCCUCCAGACGUGACGCUUGGCAUUCAGGCCAAAGAGUUAAAUCUUGGUUUCAUCAGACCAGAGAAUCUUGUUUCUCAUGGUCUGAGAGUCUUUAGGUGCUUCUUGGCAAACUCCAAGUGGGUUGUCAUGUGCCUUUUACUGAGGCGUGGCUUCCAUCUGGCCCCUCUACCAUAAAUGCCUGAUUGGUGGUACUGCAGAGAUGGUUGUCCUUCUGGAAGGUUCUCCCAUCUCCACAGAGGAACUCUAGAGCUCUGUCAGAGUGACCAUCGGGUUCUUGGUCACCUCCCUGACCAAGGCCCUUCUCCCCCGAUUGCUCAGUUUGGCCGGGCGGCCAGCUCUUGGAAGAGUCUUGGUGGUUCCAAACUUCUUCCAUUUAAGAAUGUUGGAGGCCACUGUGUUCUUGGGGACCUUCAACGCUGCAGCAAUGUUUUGGUACCCUUCCCCAGAUCUGCACCUCGACACAAUCCUGUUUCGGAGCUCUCGGGAUAAUUCCUUGGUUUUUGCUCUGACAUGUACUAACAAUUGUGGAACCUUUAUAUAGACAGGUGUGUGCCUUUUCAAAUCAUGUCCAAUCAAGUUAUGAAAACAUCUCAAGGAUGAUCAAUUGAAACAGGAUGCCCCUGAGCUCAAUUUCGAGUCUCAUAGCAAGGGUCUGAAUACUUACACUACCGUUCAAAAGUUUGGUGUCACUUAGAAUUAUUAUUAUUUUUUAAUUUUUUUUAAGAAAAGCACAUUUUUUGUCCAUUAAAAUAACAUCAUAUUGAUCAGAAAUAAAGUGUAGCCAUGGUUAAUGUUGUAUAUUCAAUUAAAUAUAUUUUUAAUGGAAUAUCUACAUAGGCGUACAGAGGCUCAUUAUCAGCAACCAUCACUCCUGUGUUCCAAUGGCACGUUGUGUUAGCUAAUCCUAGUUUAUACAUUUUAAAAGGCUAAUUGAUCAUUAGAAAACCCUUUUGCAAUUCUGUUAGCACAGCUGAAAACUGGUGUUCUGUUUAAAGAAGCAAUAAAACUGGCCUUUAGACUCGUUGAGUAUGUGUAGCAUCAGCAUUUGUGUGUUCGAUUACAGGCUCAAAAUGGCCAGAAACAAAGCACUUUCUUCUGAAACCUGUCAGUCUCUUCUUGUUCUGAGAAAUGAAGGCUAUUCCAUGCGAGAAAUUGCCAACAAACUGAAGAUCUCAUACAAUGCUGUGUACUACUCCCUUCAUAGAACAGGGCAAACUGGCUUUAGCCAGAAUAGAAAGAGGAGUGGGAGGUGCACAACUGAGCAAGAGGACAAGUACAUUAGUGUCUAGUUUGAGAAACUUUUUAAAAUCCAUUUUUGAAUAAGGUUGUAAAUGUAAAAAACUGUGGAAAUAGUCAAGGGGUCUGAAUACUUU